UCAGAGAGCUGCUCCCUCUCCAUCUAGACGUGCAGGACAAUGGCCAGUAUUUCAGUAGAUCACGACCAGUUCAGCUGUCCAGUCUGUCUGGAUCUGCUGAAGGAUCCAGUGUCUCUUCCUUGUGGACACAGUUUCUGUAAGGUGUGUAUUAAUGGCUGCUGGGAUCAGGAGGACCAGAGGGGGGUCUACAGCUGCCCCCAGUGCAGAGAGACUUUCACUCCAAGGCCUGUUCUACGCAGAAACAACAUGCUGGCUGAAGUGGUGGAGAAACUGAAGAAGACAGAACUCCGGGCUGCUCCUCCUGCUCCCCGUUACGCUGGACCUGGAGAUGUGGAGUGUGAUUUCUGCACUGGGAGAAAACUCAAAGCCAUCAAGUCCUGUCUGACGUGUCUGGCCUCCUUUUGUGAAACUCAUCUUAAACCUCACUGUGAAGUUCCUGCAUUGAAAAAGCACAACCUGGUCAAAGCCUCCUCACAGCUACAGGAGAAGAUCUGCUCUCAGCACAACAAACUGAUCGAGAUCUACUGUCGUACUGACCGAAGCUACAUCUGCUAUUUGUGUAUGAUGGAGGAACACAGAGGUCACAGUAUAGUCUUGCCUAUAAAUGAAAGAACCGAGAAACAGAAUCAGCUGAAGGAGAUGCAGAGUAAAUUCCAGCAGAGAAUCCAGGAGAAACAGAAGAAGCAGCAGGAGCUGAAACAGGCUGUGAAGACUCUUAAGCGCUGUGCUCAGUCAGCAGUGGAGGACAGUGAGAGGAUCUUUACUGAACUGAUCCGCUCCAUUGAGAAAAAGCGCUCUGAGGUAACAGAGCUGAUCAGAGCUCAGGAGGAGGCUGAACUGAGUGGAGCUGAAGAACUCCUGGAGAAACUGGAGCAGGAGAUCGCUGAUCUACAGAGGAGACGCACUGAGCUGGAGCAGCUUUCACACACAGAGGAUCACAUCCAUUUCCUCCAGAGUUUCCAGUCUCUCUGUGUCUCUUCUGGAUCUGAGGACUCACCCAGCAUCACUGUCCAUCAGCACCUCUCAUUUGAUGGAGUGAGGAGAUCUCUCUCUGAGCUGAAGGAGCAAAUUGAGGAGUUCUGCAAAGAGAAAUUCUGUAAAAUCCCUCCACAGGAUUUCUGUCAGCUGACUCUGGACCCCAACACAGCAAAUCAUCACCUCACUCUGUCUGAGAAGAACAAAGUGGUCAUGUACAGUGAUAUAGGCCAGUCAUACUCUGACCAUCCAGAGAGAUUUAACUGCUACUCUCAGGUGUUGUGUAAGGAGAGUGUGAGUGGACGCUGUUACUGGGAGGUUGAGAGGAGCAGUGGAGGAGUUGUGUGCAUAUCAGUCUCAUAUAAAGGGAUCGGCAGGAAAAGUUUGGGUAAUGAUUGUGUGUUUGGAUGCAACAGUCAGUCCUGGAGUCUGCGGGUUUCUCCGUCUCUCACUUUCUGGCACAACAACAUUCAGACUGAGAUCUCAGGACCAUCAUCCUCCAGAAUAGGAGUGUAUGUGGAUCACAGUGCAGGAACUCUGUCCUUCUACAGCGUCUCUGACACAAUGACCCUCCUACACACAGUCCACACCACGUUCACUCAGCCGCUCUACGCCGGGUUCUAUGUUAAUGGAACUGUGAGGUUAUGUGAUAGAAAAUUAGGUGCUUUUUCUUAAUAUUAUAGAUGUAAAAAGUCAUCAAUGCAUUGUUAACUACCUGUGGCAAAAAUAUGAACUGUUCUUUUCAGUCCUUGGAAUGAACAGUGCUAUUCAUGCUUACUACACAAAGUUCAACCUACAUUUCCUCAGCCUCUGCUGCUUGAAUCUUUAAAAAGAUGGACAUACAGCAGCAAUGGCAGAACUGUGCAGUUCACACAACUAAGAGCUGUAAGAUUUACAGUAUUUGCUAGAUGCUUUAAGGAGACUUAACAUUGUAGUUUUACAAAUGUUUGUUUGAGUGAAGAAAUACUUAUAACUGUAACUGAGGUAUUUGUUAAUGAUAUUUCUUUUCCAAGAGAAUAUUAUGCACAUGUAUGUAUGGACAGAAAGGCAGUAUGUUUGGUUUGGCUGUCAGAUGGGAUCAGAAAUCAAAUUUCAAUUUUCCAUUUUCUAAAUUAAAUCCUUAAGUCAAAGGCAA